CCCUACGAAAGAUAUCCAGAUGAGAAGAGACUCCCAAGUGAGAACUAGAACAUCAACCUGGGUACAGAACUAACAGGACCCUUGUUUUAGUUUCCUCUUAGCCCGUUCUCCCAUUGACAGAUGAAUCAUUGAUAAAUCUCUGAGACCCUUUCUGCAGCAUGAAAAGAAGACUAAUUCUGGAUGCAAAGGAAAAAAAUGAAAAAGAUAAGGGUCUAUCCUAGAAUUUGCAGGUCACGCACGACUCACGACGAUAGAUUUAAGGAAUUUCUCGCUCAUCCCCCUGGAUCUUACCAAUUACCGUUGGUGAUAUUAUUAUUAGUCUACAUGCAUACUCACAUGCGACGUGCGCACUUCACUGAUCUUUUGUCAGUGCUACAUUAAGCUUUCGAUGCAGACCGGGAAUUCUACAGCUGGUAGUGAGUGACUUUUUUUUGAACCAAUCGAGCCGGAGAUUCCCAAAAACAGCAUGUGGCUAUUCAUCUACUCCUGUUUUAUGCUCACGCUCGCCAAGUCACAAAUCCUAUUUAGUAGCUACUCUACGUUGCUACUUUCACCAUGGCGGUGAUAUCGUUUGCUGCUGUUAUACACUGACUUUACUUUGGCGCUGUGUUUAAAAGGAUCUAAUUUGUGAGGAGUAUUCGAGUAUUGUUUUAUAAGGAUUACCUUCACCUAGGUAGGUAGGGAACUAGGGAAUCAUCCGAUGUGGUAAAGCCUCAAAUGGUGCGUCUAGUACGGAGCUCUAGGUUUGUAUGUAUUUGGCUCCGGAGACGUCCGAUUUACCAUAUCUCUCGUCGCAUCACACUUCCACUAAUGAUACUUAUGGUACUAAUGAUCUUACUCUUGCAGCGAGAGUUUCAUCA